AUGAAAAGCGAUUCGGCCGUCUUAGAAAAGUGGCAGUGGCAAGAAGAGAGUGGGAGAGCUACUUCUACCGACGGCGGAGCUGGAGAAGAGUUUCUGAAGGCGAAAUGUUUGAUGAAUUGUGAAGUUUCUUUGAUCCUUGAGCAUAAGUAUGAGCAGCUACAGCAAAUGUCAGAGGACGCUACGAAUCAGAUGUCCCAGGUGUUUGAGAAAUCACUGCAGUAUGUAAAGCGCUUUAGCCGAUACAAAAACCCUGAUGCAGUCAGACAACUCUGCGUUCUUGGUAAUCUUUGUCCUGAAACUGUGGAGGAAGCGACAACAAUGGUGCCAUCUCUAAAGUCAAGGGACCGGUCACUCAAUGACGACGCGAUUGACAAGAUGUUGAAUGACUUGUCGUUGAUCAAGAAAUUCGAGUAGAAAGGGCGCGUGCUUAUUCUUUGCUGAUGAAGUCCAGUCCGAGGAAGAGUUCACUUGAAAAGAGUGGUGCAAAAUUGUUGUAGUUGAGUGUUGGUCACAGACGGAGAAGGAGCGUUGUUGUUUCUUUUUUUCCUUCUGUUGUACUACGAAUCACUCGUCCGAAACAUUUUCCCGAGUAUGUGGAAUUGUUCUCGUGCUUGGUGGAUUUUAGCUUAUAUAACAGAAUGAAUGACAAACUGGAUGUCCGAUUCUAGCUGCGAUGAUGAAGUUGUGUAACAGAAUGAAUGAGAAAGUGGAUGACGUAUUUUAGCUUACA